AUGUCUCGCAGAGGAAAGAAACAAAAUAAACAAGUUCAACAACCCACUACACCAGUUGUUUGUAAUAUUCCUGUUAAAGACCAACAAAUUCUUCCUCGACAAUUAGAAGAUUUAUUAAAAGCUGCAAUUAAACAUUAUGGAAAUAGACAUUUUGAUAAAGCAAUUGAAAAUUGUGAUAAAAUUUUAGCUCAUUUCCCAAGUAAUGGAGAAGCAUUUUCCCUUCUUGCUGCUUGUCAAUAUUCUAAAGGUCCUAAAAAAGUUAAUGUUGAAGAUAUUCUUGGACGUCUUAAAAAAGGACUUAUUUAUAAUUUUGGAAGUAAUACUUGCUGGCACUUAUAUGGUAUUAUUUUAAGAACUGAAAAACAUUAUGAAGAAGCUGCUAAAGCUUUUAAAAGACUUGUUUCUCUUGAUAGAACUAAUUUUGGAAUUCAAAGAGAGUUAUAUUGUCUUCAAGUACAAAAUGGAGAUUAUAAAGGAGCAUUUGAAACUCGUUCACUUUUGUUUUCUGCACAAAGUGACAUUGAAAGUAAUCUUCUUGGUAGGGCUGUUGCUGCAGAUUUGAAUGGUCAAACUGAAGUAGCUAUUGAAACAAUGGAAUUGUAUCAAAAGAAAUUCAUUAAUAAGAAAACGUCUCCUAAUGAUAAAUCAGAUAGUCUUUCAUACAUUAUUUCUCUUUACAAACAAAAAGGAGAUUAUAAAAAUGCUCUUAAACUUAUAACUGAAAAUGAACAUAUUCUUAUUGAUAAAGUUGUUACUCUUGAACGUACUGCUGAACUUUAUCUUCUUUUAAAAGAAAAUGAUAAGGCAUUAGAAUUAUAUAAGAAACUUCUUUCAAUUAACAGUGAUAAAGUUGAAUAUUAUUAUGGUAUUGCUCAUUGUUUAGGUGUAGAUAUAAAUAAUCUUGGAAAUAAAAAGGACGAAUUCGUAUCAAUAUGUAAACAAUACAGUCAUCGUGAUGAAGAUACUGCUGCUGUUAUAAUUCUAAGAGCUCUUCCAGCAAAUGAUGAAUUUAUUUUACCAUUUAAGAAUUGUUUAAUUAAAUUAAUACAAAAACAUAUUAUUACUGUUGAUAAACUCCUUCAUUGUCUCUUUAUGAAAGAACUUUCUUUUGAAAGUGAGAAAAAAUAUGAUAUUUAUGUUAAUAUUCUUGAUACUUUAAAGAACGAAUUAACUGAUAAUGAAGAUCUUCAAUUCCUCAAUUUAACUAAUGUACAACGAUUAAUUGUUAAGUCAGAUAUUGCUCAGGCACGUGUUGUAUUUGAUUCAAUUAAAAUUGAAACACCAACUAUUGAGAAUUUAAUGGUUAAAGCUCGUUUACUAAAGAAAGAAAAUAAAUUACCAGAAGCUGCAGAAGCUAUGGAUGCUGCACGUCAAUUAGAUAAGUCAGAUCGUUACCUUGCUAACAGAACAUGUAAAUAUUACAUGAGAUAUGGCAAAGUUGAAAAAGGACUUGAAAUAUUUAAGUUAUUUGAUAGAAGUCCAGACAAGAAUGAUUCUCCAAAUAAGUUUGAUGAACGUUUGGAUGAUCUUGAAGUUGUUUGGUUCUUAACUGAAUACGCAAACGGUUUGUAUGUUGCUGAAAAAUAUGCUGAGGCUGAGUCUGUUGCCCGUAGGGUAAUCAAAGCAUUUACCACUUAUCAAGAGGAUCUCUUUGAUUUCCAUUCAUAUAUCUUCAACCGUUUCUCUGCUGAUACUUACUUGGCUUGUGUAAGGUGUUGUAAAGAUUAUGCCAAUUCUCCUUAUAAAAAACGUGCAGAAAAGAUACUUGCUGAUAUUACUUCUAAAAAGACAGACCCUCAGGCUUAA